AUGACCGUGAAAACCCUGAUUUUAUGCCUGCAGAGGGAAGUCCAUAUACGGUCGGACAGGUGUGCCAGCAGGUUCACUGCUGUGCUGGGAGGGUUUGAUCUGCAGACACAGAGACACACAGAGACAGAGAGAGACACACAGAGACACAACAUCUGUCAGAGACACACAAAACGGACACACGGAGACUUUAUAUUUCACCCAGUGAGCAGCAGAAGAAGGAUGCAGCGGUGGAGAGGCCGGGUGGAUGACAGCGGGAAGUGUAACCGGGCAGUGCUGGUGUCUGUGGCCCAGUUUGUCCCUGGUGUGAGUCUGGGGAGGAGGCCUGGAGCCGACAAGGACACCAAGACUCUCCACCGCACCCUCAGCAAGCUGGGCUUCAAGGUGGACAUCCACAGUGACCUGAGCGGGGACGAGAUCUACCAGCUGUUUCUGAAAGAGAGCCGGCGGCCUGUGAAGGACUGUUUUCUGGCCGUCUUGUCGUCUCACGGGGACGAGGGAUGCGUGUUCGGGGCUGAUGGGAAACCCGUCCAACUGUGUCGUCUCUUUUCAUAUUUUGACAACGAAAACAUGGAGAAGAAGGCCAAAGUGUUCCUCGUACAGGUCCGAGUCUUUACUGUCGCACACACACUCGCAUGCACACAGGUUUGUGGCACUAUCUUUGUGGGGACCCAUCACUGACAUAAUGCAUUCCCUGGCCCCUUA